CUCAUAACCACCCGACCUGUUGAGCAGCCAACGAGUUUUCUUCGCACUCUUCAUACUAUACCACAAACCCAGCCUUUUUUCCUUCCAUCACUUGCUUCAUUUAACGCAGUCUUUCUCCUACCUCCCAUUCUCUCAUCAGACACCAUGGUCGGUCACGGUAUGACGGGGAUGCUCGGCGAGGAUGGUAUCCAUGUCGAUAUGAAUCACCUGAAGAGCGGAGAGGUGAACCUAGGAACUUCUAUCAUGGCCAUCAACUUUAAGGAUGGUGUUAUAUUGGGUGCCGACAGCCGAACAACAACCGGAGCAUACAUCGCCAACCGAGUCACCGACAAAUUGACGCAAGUGCACGACACAAUCUGGUGCUGCCGAUCGGGAUCAGCUGCGGACACCCAAGCCGUGGCGGAUAUCGUAUCCUAUCAUCUCAACAUGUAUUCGAUUGUCAACAACGAGGCGCCCAGUACCCAGGUCGCGGCAGCACUGUUCCAGGAGCUGUGCUACGAGAACAAAGAUAUGUUGAGUGCUGGUAUCAUCAUUGCGGGAUACGACCCCAAGCACGGAGGUCAAGUGUACUCGAUACCUCUGGGUGGAUCCCUCCACAAGCAACCAUACUCCAUCGGCGGAUCCGGAUCAACCUAUAUCUAUGGCUACUGCGAUAACCACUGGAAGGAAGGCAUGACGGAGGAAGAAGGUGUCGAAUUCGUCCGAGGAGCUCUGCAGGAGGCAAUCAAAUGGGAUGGCAGCUCGGGAGGUGUGAUCCGAAUGGUGGUGUUGACGGCGAAGGGAGCGCAGCGGCACCUCUACCUGCCGGACACGGCCUACUCCGGACCGGGCAUUACCAAUUAACGAAUGUAUCUAUACGGGACGAUGACUUAUUGUUGUUAGCUGCUAUUUGAUCUAUGGAUUUCGGUUCCAUCCGAA